GCUUGUGUGCGGAGUCUGACACAGGAAGCAGGCAAAGGCUGCUUGAAGUAGUUGGUUUCUGCCACUGUCUGAUAGCUGCAAGCAAGAGCCAGAAGUAAUUUCUGGUUUCAAUAGUGUACGUUUAAUUUCUUUACAGCAGUAACAAGACGAACAGCCAAGGUACCAGCCAGCGAGCAAAACGAAACUCAUUGAAGACAGAAGAUUGUAGAACUGUGUCCCAAGUUUCACGAGGAACGUUUGAAAAACAUGGGGCCGUCACUCUGAAGUGUGAACCUUUGGAGGAAAGAGCUGCACGCCCAGGACCCUCAACAUGAUGGCGAACGCUGGCGGAGCAGCCCCCCUCUGUGGAGAUCUGAAGGCCUUCCUCACCACCAAUAGGAACCUCAUGAAAAGCAAUAUUUCCAUGGUAACACCAUCUAACUUCAAUCCAGCGAAGAUCACCUUAGGGCCUGUUAGUGUGAAUGUGGGCCCAUCAAUGAUCAUCAGCACACCUCAGCGAGUUCCAAACUCAGGGAGCAUUCUCGUGGGGAGUCCCUUCCCCCACACACCCACCAUGGUGGCUCAAAGCCGCCCGCCUCAGGUUACAGAGUGGACCCCCGGUGCUAAGCGUACUCAUGAUUUCAUCGAGUCGUAUUUCUCUGACCGGGACACACUCUGUGCAGGUGACCCAUCCAGUAAAAGGCUGAAGAAGGGCGAUAAGAAUGGGAAGGGUCUCAGGCACUUCUCCAUGAAGGUGUGUGAGAAGGUGCAGCAGAAAGGCACCACCUCCUACAACGAGGUCGCCGACGAGCUGGUGUCCGAGUUCACGCACUCCAGCAGCCUGAUGGCCAGCGACUCGGUGUACGACCAGAAGAACAUCAGGCGGCGCGUGUACGACGCUCUCAACGUGCUGAUGGCCAUGAACAUCAUCUCCAAGGAGCGCAAGGAGAUCCGCUGGAUCGGACUGCCCACCAACUCGGCCCAGGAGUGCCAGAACCUGGAGCUGGAGAAACAGAAGCGCAUGGAGCGGAUCAGACAGAAGAGAGCCCAGCUACAGGAGCUCAUACUACAGCAAAUCGCCUUUAAAAGCCUGGUGCAGCGGAACCAGGCCAGCGAGGCUGCGUCCCAGGCCUCGCCCCCUCCCGGCUCCGUCAUCCAGCUGCCCUUCAUCAUCCUCAACACCAGCGUCCGCACCGUCAUCGACUGCUCCAUCUCCAGUGACAAGUGCGAGUACCUCUUCAACUUCGACAACACAUUUGAGAUCCACGAUGACAUCGAGAUCCUGAAGCGCAUGGGCAUGUCCCUGGGCCUGGAGAGCGGGAAGUGCUCUCCUGAAAACCUCCGCGUCGCAAAGUCCCUCGUCCCCAAGUCUCUGGAGAGCUACAUCACAGCUAUGGCCACCGGCUCCACCAACACCAGCGCCCUCUCCGGGCUCUGUGACCAGGACUCCUGCUCUCUCAGCGGAGGGCAGAGCCACAGCCACAGCAGCAUCGCCGAGUCGCGCGGCCAGACGCCCAGCUCCUUCAACGAGGACGAGGAGGAGGAGGACGACGACGACGAGCCUUCCUCUCCCGAGUGACCGGCGCACCGCUCAGCCAGCCAGCUCCAGCCCCAGGGGCGGGACUCCCGUUCCCGUCCAAUCAGUGAGAAGAACAGAACCGCAGGAGGAGGACGGCCUGGACAGCUGCCUCAGUAGUUUAUAUUAAAAGAGUUUUUUUAAAUGAUAAUUCUCUCUCUCUCUCUCUCUCUCUCUCUGUCUGUAGGCAUGGGGAGCUGUGAGUUCAGUGCAGGGCUUUUCUAGAGUCAGUGAGGUGUGAGUGUGUGUGUGUGUGUGUGUGUGUGUGUGUGUGUGUGUGUGUGUGUGUGUGUGUGUGUGUGUGUGUGUGUGUGUGUGUGUGUGUGUGUGUGUGUGUGUGUGUGUGUGUGUGUGUGUGUGUGUGUGUGUGUGUGUGUGUGUGUGUGUGUGUGUUGGGGAGGGGAAUUUGGGUGCGAGUGAUGCGCUUCUCAAUGUUUGUCACAGCCGGUGCCAAUAUUUAUCCCCAAUAUUUGUCUCCAAACUCUUCAUAUGUUUCUUUCUCUGUUAAACGGGAUAUUUUAAAAAAAAUAUUUAAAGAUAUCUCCAUAUUUAUAUUUCUCCAGCUAAUGUCAAACCUGAAAACAUGUUUAGCAAUGUGUCGUUUUUGCUGAUUUUGUUUUUAUUUUGUCUCCUUUUUGUGAACAAGGGAGACAUUCACCGUCUUGGUCUAACCCUGAUGUACGCUCUUUGAAAGGUGAAACGGUAGGAUCUGAAGUUACUUUAGGUCACCAGCUCUCCUGAUUGGUUUUCACCUUUAAAGUGGCUACACGUUUAUUGUCCAGUAAACCGGAUCAGAUGAGCUAACUGUGUAUUUGCAGCUGUAAUUGAUCGUUUAAGUGCUGAGCAACAUCAGGGCACUACAGACUGCAGCUCCCCAGGCCCAGGUCUGGAGAAGGGAGUUUCUUUAACAGAACAAAAAUUCUAACUGCCUUUCUUUUUGCUCAUUCUCAUCAACAAAUAACCUGUUUUUCACUGAUAAAUAGCUGCCUAUGACUGCAUUUGAAUGGGUAUGUAAGGGGAAAGUAAGAGAGAGUCCCUGUUUUGUCACAUGACUCGGGAGUGUGCUUUUGGCUUGUACCUGGCCACACUCCCUGGCCUAGGAUUCUUACUGUUCCCCAAAAGGCCCUACAGACAUCCACAUCUCUCCUGGGACACAGAGGUUAAAAACAGCCAAUCCUUUUCCACUCUCACCUCCACAUCAGCAGAGACUUCUUCCACCGGGGGGAAAAAAAAUAUACUUGUACUCCUUUAAGGUCUCUUCAAAGUGUGUGUAUACGCCAUUUGCAAGUAUAACCUUGUAUGUAUAUAUACGUAUAUAAACAUAAUUUUUGGUUA